AUGUUUGUUACAGUUGUAAUGGCAUACGAUAUCUUUGAUCCAACCGCAAACAUAACCAUUACAUGGGAUGUUGUUUCAUGGACUCCAGAUGGCUACGUGGCUGUGGUGAAGAUGAACAACUAUCAAAUGUAUCGUCCAAUCAUGACUCCAGGAUGGACAUUGGGAUGGACAUGGGCUAAAAAGGAAAUAAUUUGGUCGAUUCUAGGAGCUCAGGCGAUUGAUCAAGGAGAUUGCAAGGACUUACCCAGUAAUAUUCCUCAUUCCUGUGAGAAGAAUCCCAGAAUCAUUGACAUGCAGCCUGGAGUACCUUACAACCAGCAGUUCCUCAACUGCUGCAAGGGUGGUUUUGUAAGUUCAAUGGGUCAAGAUCCUGCUAAUUCAGUCUCGGCGUUUCAGUUGAGUGUUGGGAAUUCGGGCAAUACUUAUAAAACAGUCGGUUUGCCCAAGAAUUUCUCCCUGCUGGGUCCCAAUCAAGGAUACACCUGCAGCCCUAUAUCCAUUGUGCCAUCUUCGGUUUCUUUAUCAUCUGGUGGUCGUAGAAAGAACCGAGCUUUAAUGUCAUGGCAACUGGUGUGUCGUUACUCCCAGUUUCUGGCCUCGGAGAUCCCAACCUGUUGUGUCUCGAUGUCAUCUUUUUACAACAGUGACAUCACUCCAUGUCUUUCAUGUGCUUGUGGCUGCAGGAACAAUGAAAACUGUGUUACUAAUAACUCGCCUAUAUCACGUGUGGUUGGAUCAACAAGCCCACAUACAGAAGGCAAUGCUCCAUUGAAGCGAUGCACUCACCACAUGUGCCCUGUUCGGGUUCAUUGGCAUGUGAAAAGAAACUACAAGAUGUAUUGGCAUGUGAGGAUCACCAUCACCAACUUCAAUUUCAAUUUCAACUACACUAAGUGGACACUUGUUGCUCAACAUCCGAAUCUCAACAACAUUGCCAAAGUUGAUGAUUUUAACUAUAAGCCUCUUCUCCUCUUUGAACCCAUAAAUGAUACAGGUAUGUUUUAUGGUGUAGAGGAGCUGGAUAACGACCACCUUCUGGAGGCUGCAAGUGUGCAUUCAGAGAUGAUUCUUCAAAAAAAUAGGACAACAUUCUCAUUGAAUCGUGGGUGGGCAUUCCCUCAUAAAGUCUACUUCAAUGGUGACGAAUGCAUAAUGCCCCUGCCUGUCUCUUACCCGUCUCUUCCAAACUCCGUCCUUCCCCUUUUAUAUGUUGGACGAAUGGCCAUUAUUAUUCAAGUACUAAUAGCAACAUUUCAUCAGUUUAUCUAA